UGCCCCUGUCUCCCCUGCAGCCCCAGUCCACUGCUGGGAAGGAAGUUCCCUCCUCCACCUCCCCUCCCAACUCUAGAGCAGGUUCUGUGCCCGGGGGCUCUCUAGAGAGAGCUCCUCCCCUCCAGGUAAAGCCACAUUCUCCUGGCAGGGCCCCCAGUCACCUCACUGCAUACACACACACUCCACCCACAAACUGCACGCUGUAUACACAAGUCACACUGGAGAUAUACUCACUCUCAGUCCCAACCCCAAACAGACCCCGCCUCCUCCUCUGUGGACUCCUAGACCGGCUCCUUUUACCACAUUCCCUAACCUGCCAGUGCCUGAAAGAAGACAAUAUGGGGUCUCCUCCACCUAAGGCAGAGGGGCCCAGGGUCCAACUCCAGAAACUUCUGGCCUCCUGGCUGCUCAGAGAGCAGGACUGGGAUCAGCAUCUGGACGAGGCCCACAUGCUGCAACAGAAGAGGAUCCGAGAGUCUCCACUGCUUCAGGCAGCCAAGGAAAAUGACCUGUGUGCCCUCAAGAAACUUCUGCUGGACCGAAGCUGUGAUUUCCGACAGAGAGGAGCCUUGGGGGAGACCGCACUGCAUAUAGCGGCCCUCUAUGACAAUCUCGAGGCCGCCGUGGUGCUGAUAGAGGCUGCCCCGGAGCUGGUCAAGGAGCCCACCUUGUGUGAGCCAUUUGUAGGUCAGACCGCCCUGCACAUAGCCAUCGUGAACCAGAACGUGAACUUGGUGAGAGCCCUGCUUGCCCACGGGGCCAGCGUGUCUGCGAGAGCCACAGGCACGGCGUUCCGCCGCAGCCCCCGCAACCUCAUCUACUUUGGGGAGCACCCCUUGUCCUUUGCUGCCUGCGUGGGCAGUGAGGAGAUGGUGAGGCUGCUCAUUGAGCAUGGAGCUGACAUCCGGGCCCAGGACUCCCUGGGAAACACCGUGUUGCACAUCCUCGUCCUGCAGCCCAACAAGACCUUUGCCUGCCAGAUGUACAACCUGCUGCUGUCCUAUGAUGGGCGCAGGGACCACCUGCAGUCCCUGGACCUCGUGCCCAAUCACCAGGGUCUCACCCCCUUCAAGCUGGCCGGAGUGGAGGGCAACACCGUGAUGUUCCAGCACCUGAUGCAGAAGCGGAAGCACAUCCAGUGGACCUACGGGCCGCUGACCUCCACUCUCUACGACCUCACCGAGAUCGACUCCUGGGGGGAGGACAUGUCCUUUCUAGAGCUGGUGAUUUCCUCCAAGAAGCGAGAGGCUCGCCAGAUCCUGGACCAGACCCCAGUGAAAGAGCUGGUGAGCCUCAAGUGGAAGAGAUACGGACAGCGGUACUUUCACAUUCUGGGUGCCUUGUACAUGCUCUAUAUGAUCUGUUUCACCGCCUGCUGCAUCUACCGCCCCCUCAAGUUCCGCUUGGGCAACCGCACAGAUCCCCGGGACAACACAGUCCUCCAGCAGAAACUGCUGCAGGAGGCCUAUGUGACUCAGCAGGAUAAGAUCCGUCUGGUGGGGGAACUGGUGACCAUCACGGGGGCUGUGAUCAUCCUGCUCCUGGAGAUCCCGGACAUCUUCAGGGUUGGUGCUUCUCGCUAUUUUGGACAGACUAUCCUCGGGGGACCGUUCCAUGUCAUCAUCAUCACCUAUGCCUGCAUGGUGCUGGUGACCAUGGUGAUGCGGCUCUCCAACAUGAACGGGGAGAUGGUGCCCAUGUCCAUUGCCCUGGUGCUGGGUUGGUGCAGUGUUAUGUACUUCGCUCGAGGAUUCCAGAUGCUUGGUCCCUUCACCAUCAUGAUACAGAAGAUGAUUUUUGGAGACUUAAUGCGCUUCUGCUGGCUGAUGGCUGUGGUUAUUCUGGGAUUUGCCUCAGCGUUCUAUGUCAUUUUCCAGACAGAGGACCCAUCCAACCUGGGGCAAUUCUAUGACUAUCCCAUGGCACUGUUCAGCACCUUUGAGCUUUUCCUCACCGUCAUUGAUGGGCCUGCCAACUACGAAGUGAACUUGCCCUUCAUGUUUGGCAUUGUCUACUUUGCCUUCACCAUCAUUGCCACGCUGCUCAUGCUCAACCUGUUCAUCGCCAUGAUGGGUGAUACACACUGGCGGGUGGCCCAUGAGCGGGAUGAGCUCUGGAGGGCCCAGGUGGUGGCCACCACAGUGAUGCUGGAGCGGAAGCUGCCUCGCUUCCUGUGGCCUCGCUCUGGGAUCUGCGGGUUCCAGUAUGGGCUGGGGGACCGCUGGUUCCUGCGAGUUGAGAACCACCAUGAUCAAAAUCCUUUGCGAGUGCUUCGCUACGUGGAGGCUUUCAAGGGCUCAGACAAGGAGGAUGGACAAGAGCAGCUUUCUGAGAAACAGCCCUCUGUUUCUGUGAUCGAAAGUGGGACGCCAGCCAGAGCCUCUCUGGCCCCUCCAACGCCUUCCCUAUCCCGGACCACAUCUAACAGCAGCAGCAGCCACCGGGGCUGGGAGAUCCUGCGUCGCAACACAUUAGGACACGUGAAUCUUGGGCUGGACCUUGGCGAGGGAGAUGGAGAGGAAAAUAUCUAUCAUUUAUGAUGAGGACCCCUGUUUCUAUUGGCCUGAAAAACAGGUGGGCCUAAAUGGAGGGAAGUAUCUGAUUGUUUUGCCUGUUAAUCAUGAGAGGGGAUAGGCAGAAUAAUUCUUAAAGGUCAUGUCUCAUCCUUCACAUCAGCAUUUCUGGAGAUGGGCAAUGGACGUCUGUUGUCCCACAUAUCUUCCGGUUUCCUGAAAGUCCCACAUCUUGAGAAAAGAAGGUGUCUCUUAGAGCAAAGUUGGAUUUAGCCAUCAAAGACAUGAACUAGGGAUGCUAGACUAACAUCUGGAUCAUCUUUCUUUCUGCCUCAUGCAGGCACUAGAAAGUAGUGAGCUGUGAAGCCUGCUUGGUUCCACAAGGCUUAAUGUGGGAAGAUCCAGGCAUGGCACUGAGGUUAUGGCCCUUCCCUUUUCCCCUGUAGGACUCUCUCUCACCCCGCAACCAACCCCCAACUAGAAAACUGCAAUAAGAAAGGUUCUUUAUCCUUGCUUUAUUUUUCAGAAAUUUUAUUGUGGGAAGAUACACAUCACAUAAAUUUACUGUCUUAACCAUAUGUAGGUAUACAAUUCAGUGGCAUUAGGUACAUUUACACUGUUGCAUAAUGAUAACUACUAUUCAUCCACAGGAUGCUCUCAUCAUCUCAAACCAAAACUCUGGUACUCAUUAAACAUUAACUCCCCACUGUCCCCUCCACACAGUCCCUCAUAACCAAUAUUCCACUCCACGUCUAUGAAUUUGACUACUCUAGGUACCUCAUACAGGUGGAAUCAUUCAAUAUUAAUCCUAUUGUGUCUGGCUUAUUUCACUUAGCAUAAUAGUUUCAAGAUUCAUCUGUGUUGUA